AUGAAGACCAACGGAGUUGUUAAUGGAGCGUUUGAAACAACUAGAUUAGAUGUGCCUAGAACAGAGGAUGAAAAUGUAUCGAUUCUCUGGAAAAAUAUACACUACAAAGUGAACGAUUGGAGCAGUUUUACAAACAACAAAAAAGUCAUACUUCACAGUGUGAGCGGCUACUUCAAGAGCGGCACCCUGAAUGCAAUUCUGGGCAGUUCUGGAACGGGCAAAACAACACUGCUCAACAUUCUCAGUGGCAGCCAGGGCUGUUCGAGUGGUGGUGGCCGCCUGGCCGCCAACUCCAAAAUCUACGUCCAACCCAAGUGGGCCACCUCGUACUUCAUUGCGCAGCACGUCCACGAGAACCUCAUCGGCGAGCUGACCAUCAGGACGAUACUACAGUACGCAUUCGCUUUCAAAAAUGGCUCCUCAGCAAGACGGCUGGCUGCCAGUCACAUUGCCCAAACUAUGUCUACUCUUCUGCUGCCGGAAAAACUGUUGGAUCAGCCAUUUUGCCGGUGCAGCGGCGGAGAGCAACGGCGCAUUGCCAUUGCACAGGAGCUGAUGGCGCUGACUGCUCCAAAUUUUCUCUUUCUCGAUGAGCCAACGACAGGGCUGGACAGCGUCUCUGCCUACGAGACAAUGCGCUGUCUUCAGCAACUGGCCAAGAGGCAGCACAUCACUGUGAUCAGCUCGAUUCACGCGCCCAACCAGGAGACGCUCUUCCUCUUUGACCAACUGUACGUUCUAGCCAAAUCCCUCGACGGAGGCGUGUGCAUCUUUACCGGGCCGCCCAGUUAUAUCCGCCCCUUCUUGGAGAGUAAUCUUCCCACUGCCAUUACCGAUACAAAGUCGCCGCCAAUUGAGACGUUGAUUAAAAUAGCAUGCAACGGAAAUGGUAAGCUUACAAAAUGA